CUGCACUCUUGGGACCGACUAGCGUCGGCUUCGCCCAGAUCAUGGAGGUGAGAUAUAAUAAAGGCCUACGACCGUUGGCCUCUGGCCGGGCUUGUCGUUCUACAGAGAGAAACGUACAGUAGUGCUUUACUCGCUCUGGAGUUGUGACCAGGUACCGAUCAUGACGGAUACCAUUCCUUCGCCGCGGUCAUGGCCACUCAUUGGCAAUGCCCUCGAGAUCAAUGCAGAGUUCCCAAUGACGAGCUUGUCCAAUCUGGCUAAACGAUAUGGUGAGAUCUUCAAGUUGACCGUGGGUGGGCGCGAGAGGGUCUUUAUCUGCACAAGAGACCUAUGCAAUGAAGUUAUGGACGAGAAGAGGUUCGAAAAGGCCGUGACAGGAGCCCUUCAUUACAUCCGGGAAGCCGUUCACGAUGGUCUCUUUACCGCGCUGCCAGGAGAACACAAUUGGGGGGUGGCUCAUCGAGCACUGAUGCCCGCCUUUGGCCCUCUCCCCAUCCAUGGCAUGUUUGAUGAGAUGUAUGAUAUUGCCUCACAGCUGGUCCUUAAAUGGGAACGAUUUGGUCCCCAUCAUGACAUCAAGGUCACUGAUGACUUCACCCGUUUGACGUUGGAUUCGAUUGCACUAUGCGCCAUGGGGACCCGUUUCAAUUCUUUCUAUACCGAAGAAAUGCACCCCUUCGUCAACGCAAUGGUUGCUGUCUUGAUCGGGGCAGGCGGCCGUGCACGCAGGCCACCAUUGCCGAGCUACUUCUUCCGCGCAGAGGACCAGAAAUUCAACGAGAACGUAGAAUUGAUGCUCAAGGUGGCCACUGAUCUGGUGAAACAGCGUCGCGAGAACCCUGUCGACAAGAAGGAUCUUCUUAAUGCCAUGCUCUACAACAAAGACCCCAAGACAGGAGAGAAUCUCACGGAGGAAUGUAUCGCAUAUAACAUGAUCACAUUCCUCAUUGCUGGACAUGAGACCACUUCCGGUCUUCUUUCGUUUGUGUUCUACGAACUCCUCAAGAAUCCCGAAGCCUAUCGCAAGGCACAGGAGGAGGUCGACCGAGUGGUCGGUGACGAGACAGUAACAUAUCAACAUCUCUCCAAGUUGGAAUACCUCAACGCCAUCCUGAGAGAGACCCUGCGUCUGUAUCCCCCGGCGCCUGCUUUCACCGUCCGCCCCAAGAAAGACGAAAUCAUCGGUGGCAAGUAUCACGUAACAAAAGAGACUCCACUCUUUUGCUUCUUGAUGGCCAUCCACAAAGACCCUGCAGUGUAUGGUGAAGACGCUGAAGUGUUCCGACCGGAAAGAAUGAUGGACGAACCAUUUGGUCAGCUACCACCCAAUGCGUGGAAGCCAUUUGGGAACGGCGCCCGUGCUUGCAUUGGUCGACCUUUUGCAUGGCAAGAGGCUCUCCUGGCUCUGGCAAUGCUGCUUUCAAACUUCGAGUUCACCAUGUCUGAUCCAUCUUAUCAAAUUUCGAUUCAGUCUACAUUGACGAUCAAGCCACACGACUUUUAUAUGCGCGCCAAACCCAGACAUCCAGACAUUGAAUCCCGGCUUCGUGGGCAACGAGGUCCCACACCGCAAAAGGCUGAGACGUCUUCGGCGAAACCGAAGGCAGACUCUGCGUCAAGCCAAGCUGUUCUAUCCAUCUUUUACGGCUCAAACACAGGGACUUGUGAAGCCAUGGCUAGCUCUCUGGCUUCUUCGGCCGCCUCGCACGGUUUCGAGGCCAAGGUCGAAAUACUGGACAAGGCUACCAACGCCUUGCCGAAGGAAGGGCCGCUCGUUGUCAUCACUUCCAGUUACGAGGGAGAACCUCCCGACAACGCGGCCCGUUUUGUGUCUUGGGUGAAGACUUUACAAGGAGAAGCAGCCAAAGGGGUCAAGUACGCUGUAUUUGGCAUGGGCAAUCGCGACUGGCAUCAUACAUAUCACAAAAUCCCCAGUCUUGUAGACAGCACCCUGGCUGAGAGAGGUGCGGAGCGCAUGACAGCAAGAGGAGCCGCGGACGCCAACGACGCUGGGUUUUUGGAGGACUUUGACAAGUGGAAAGACGAAGAAUUGUGGCCUGCGAUUGCAAAGACGUUCAAGACCCAGACAGUCGAAUCCGAUGAAGACCAAUCUCCAGGUCUCGACAUUCAAGUCACAGCCGACAGCAGGGCGAGCUUGCUUCGACAGGAUCUCAAGACCGCCAUGGUUCUCGAGAAUCGAGUUUUGACGGCGCCAAAUUGCCCCGAGAAGCGGCACAUGGAGAUCCAGAUGCCUUCAGGGAUGUCCUACAGAGCGGGAGACUAUCUGGCCGUGUUGCCCUUCAACCCGCGCAGAAACGUACGUCGCGCUCUGGCCAGAUUCAAUCUCACGUGGGACGCAAUGAUCACCAUCAGCCCGGAGUCUCACACUCCUCUGCCUCAGGGGAGACCUUUGUCCGUGUUUGAAGUCUUUUCGGCUCUCGUCGAGCUUUCUCAACCGGCGACGUCGAAGCAGUUGAAGCAAGUGGCCAGGACGAUCCCCGAAGCAGAAUCGAGGCAGAGCCUGGAGAAACUUGCGACCGACGACUUCAUGCAGGAGGUUUUGGGCAAGAAUAAAUCUCUGCUCGACAUCUUGGAGAGAUAUCCGGGUGCACAAUUCUCACUGGGACAGUUUCUGGAAGCCUUACCUCCCAUGCGGAUCCGUCAGUACAGUAUUUCUUCGUCACCGCUGGAGGACCCCGCAAAGUGCACCAUCACUUAUACUGUCGUUGACGCUCCGGCGAGAGGAGGCGGCGAUCCGGACAAGGACCGUUUCCUCGGGGCGUGCAGCAACUUUCUCCGACAUCGAGAGUCGGGUGACCGAAUCAGUGUCGCCGUCCGACCCAGCCACGCCGGGUUCCAUCUGCCCCUGGACGACAACACUCCUGUGUUGAUGGUGUGCGCUGGGACAGGUUUGGCGCCCUUCCGGGCAUUCGUCCAAGAGCGGUCUCUCCAGAUCCGAUCCGGUAAGAAACUGGCACCCGCACUCUUGUUCUACGGCUGCGCGUCUCCCGAUCGAGACGCCCUGUACCAAGAGGAGUUCGCCGAGUGGCAAGAGCAAGGUGCGGUCGACCUCCGCCACGCCUUUUCACGAGCACCGGAGAAGAGUCUGGGUUGCCGUCACGUCCAAGACCGGAUCUGGCACGAUAGGGCCGACACCAAAAAGCUCUUCUUGGACAAGGCCCAGGUCUACAUGUGCGGUUCGAGUGCCGUCGGUGUGGAGAUCAACAAGGUCAUGGUCGAGAUUUAUGUCGAUGCCAAAGGGGUGUCGAGGGAACAGGCCGAGACAUGGGCGAACGGAUUGAAGGGUGUCCGAUAUUGGGCUGAUGUGUUUACUUAAGUAGCCACCUAGGCUCUCCGUAAGUACUUGAUACUCUUGUCCAAGGUGAAGGGUAAGAGUGCGGAUGCGAGUGCGAGUACAAAGUAUUUAAUUGUGUGCACUGACAUUGUAAGGUACUCGUAUGAAGUACUAGAAAUGACGUAUGAGAAGUGAUGGGUCACGGAAGUGGAUUAGCG